CCGGAACAGUAAACGGGUUUCACCUUGGCUGAAUAUCGGCGUGAAAAGGCGCACGUUUGGGUUUAUCUUGAAAUUUUGACGUUCAAAUGAAAGAUAAAUGUCUGCGUAGCAGCUCGGCCCGCCUAGCUCUUCUUCCCAGAGUGAGGAAGCAUGAAGCAAGACGUCAGGAUACUUUUACUGGGGGAACCCAAGGUGGGGAAGACGUCCCUCAUCAUGUCUCUGGUGGGAGAAGAGUUUCCAGAGCGGGUUCCACCCAGAGCCGAGGAGAUCACCAUCCCGGCCGACGUGACUCCUGAGAAAGUUCCCACUCACAUCAUGGAUUACUCCGAAAAGGAACAAAGUGAUGAAGUUCUCAGAGAUGAAAUCGUCAAGGCCAACGUAGUUUGUGUGGUGUAUGAUGUCACCAACGAGGACACGAUAGAAAAGAUUAAAACCAGGUGGAUUCCUCUCGUCAACGGAGAUGCAGAGAAAGGAAACAAGGUUCCCAUCAUCCUGGUUGGGAACAAGUCCGACCUGCGCAGUGGGAGCUCCAUGGAAACCAUUCUUCCCAUUAUGAACCAGUUCUCUGAGAUCGAGACGUGCGUUGAGUGUUCUGCGAAGAGCCUGAAGAACAUUUCUGAGCUGUUCUACUACGCCCAGAAGGCCGUUCUCCACCCCACCGCUCCGCUUUACGACCCCGAGGACAAACAGCUGAAGCCAGCUUGUGUUCGAGCUCUGAGCAGAAUAUUCUACAUUUCUGACCAGGACAACGAUCGCAUCCUGAGCGACGCUGAGCUCAACAGCUUCCAGAAAUCGUGUUUUGGGAAUCCUCUGGCUCCUCAGGCUCUGGAGGAUGUGAAGACUGUGGUGUGGAAAAACACCAGCGACGGGGUUCAAGACAAGGGCCUGACCCUGAACGGUUUUCUGUUUCUAAACACUUUAUUCAUCCAAAGAGGCCGGCAUGAAACCACUUGGACGAUCCUCAGGAAGUUUGGUUAUGACGACAACCUGGAGCUGACUGACAAUUACCUGUACCCUGAACUCAGAGUUCCUGUGGGCUGCAGCACAGAGAUCAACCAGUUGGGCCACCAGUUCCUCCAGCAGCUGUUUGAUAAAUACGACGAGGAUCGGGACGCCGCCUUGUCGCCGGCGGAGCUGAAGAACCUGUUCUGCGUUUGUCCCUACAUGCCGUGGGGCGCCGACGUCCUCCUGGCCGUGCCGACCACGGAUCAGGGCUACAUCACCAACCGGGGCUACCACUGUCAGUGGAUGCUCUCUGCGUACCUGGACGUCCAUCGCUGCCUGGAGCACCUGGGUUACCUGGGAUACCCGAUCCUGACCGAGCAGGAGUCGCAGACCGCAGCCGUCACAGUGACUCGGGAGAAGGAUGUGGAUUUGAGAAAGCGUCAGACUCAGAGGUCAGCGUUUCUCUGCAAGGUGAUCGGACCGCGCGGCACCGGGAAGACCGCCUUCCUCCAGGCGUUCGUGGGCCGCAGCGUUCUGAGUAAAGGAAACGCCAGCAGUGCCUUCUCACCCUAUGUCAUAAAUACAGUUCAGAUCAGCAACCAGGAGAAAUACCUGAUUCUGAAUGAGGUGGAUGUGGAAACGGAGUUCCUCAAGGCGUCGGACGCCGCCUGCGACGUUGCUUGUCUCAUGUACGACGCCAGCGAUCCCCAUUCCUUCGACUACUGCGCCAGCAUCUACAAGCAGCAUUACAUGGACGGCAGCGUUCCGUGCGUUCUGGUCGCCUCCAAAGCGGACCUUCCUGAAGCCAAGCAGUUCCACGGCAUGACGCCGGCCGAGUUCUGCUACAAGCACCGCCUGCCGCCGCCGCUGCCGUUCUGCGGCCUGACGCUCGACGCCGCCGGCAGGAGCAUCUACAGCAGGCUGGCCUGGGCCGCCAUGCACCCCCACCUGAACGGGUCGGACCUGAGCAGCGCCUCCUUCUGGCUGCGGGUGGCUCUGGGCUCGGCUGUGGUUGCCGUUCUGGGUUUCGCCGUCUACAGAGCCUUGGCUCGGCUAAAAUGACCCGCCGAUUAUCUCCAUCCGUCACGACCAAACCCAGAGGCCGAACUGUUUUCCAUUUGUCCUGCUCUCUGUCUGACCUCUGACCUCUGCUGGAGGUUAUUCCCCCCGCUGCUGCUGCCUUACGCUUCACCAGGCUACGUUGGAGCUAGCCUGAAAAGCAGCUUCUCUUCCUGAACACCAAGGUGCUUUCAUCAGGAAGAUGUCCCGCCUCCUGCUGCCCCAUCAGGAGUUACAGAUCAUCUUCUGCAUGCAAGCAGCGCGUGCAAAUGAACAUGAUGCCAAAUUAUUCCGAAUCAGAGCUGGACGUUCAAGCCAGCUGCUACAAAACGUCAUGAAAUCCUGAUAUGAUUGCCAAAUAACUGGUGGAACCUGGUUUUACCCUAAACAGGAAGAUUUAGCUUCACAAAUCAUUCACCGCGGUUUAAAUCCUCUGAUGGUGAGGUUGCUUCUGUUGCAUGAAGACAUUUGCUUUUAUUGAGGAAAUGGACUGUUUUGAUUUUAACAGUGUUUGCAGCAAAGUAUUGGGGAGGUAGAUAGAAAAAAAUUAGUAAAUUUCAGCCAAAGAAAUCUGAAUUUUUCUAGAAAAUUUCUGCACAAGUCCCUCUUGAAAAUGAGAUAUGGAUCUAAGUGGGAUUUUACCUAGUCAAAGCCAAGUAAAGUAAAAUUCUCAGUUUGAAAAGUAAACAAAAUUU